GUUUUAACACACACACCCACUCGCCGAAAGAAAAAAAAAAAAAAAACUCUAAAACGCAACGAUCCCUAGCGUAGCGUACUCUCUUUAUUCCUUCGACUGUAGAAAACUCUCCGAUCACGGGAUAAAUGGAACCGGUGACCGGCGCAUUCGUUAGAAAGUCGUCUGCCUUCCGUUGAUUUGCGCCUUUUAACGUAUGGAUUCUCAAGAAAUCCCCGAUAAUCGUAACAAGGGUUUUCACUGCAUGUUACUUCGAAUCGCUUUUGCUCUUCUCUUCCCUAUCUUCGCUUUCUUUUCCUUAUCAGUUUUAGUUGCACUCGUUGCCAUUUUUACUGGGGAAUUAUCAAUUUCGAAUCCGAUUUCUCUCCCCACACAGUGCAAGAUAGUCUCUAGCAGUGUGGAUAUUAGGUCAUCGAAGAUUUGUGAGCUUGGAUUAUUGAACAAUAAAGCAAAGAAUGGGUUUUAUCCUUUCGAGAGAAGGAAAUUUAGAUGCCGACAUGAUUACUAUUGGACCUCAGUGUUCAAGGUGGAGUACAGAGACCAUUCUUUGGGUCAGACACGACUUGCCUUCACAGAGGCACCGAAUGAGGCCCUUCCUCUUAACUGCAGGCCUAACUUCGGUGCUGCUUGGCUGACCAAAAAUAAGUUCAAGGUUAAUGAAACCUAUGAGUGCUGGUACACUUCAGGUAUUUCCACAGUAAAGUUGUAUAAUGAUGGUUUUUUCAGUUGCCAAACAAAAGAUCCAUCCACAAUCGAGAUGAUUAUACGAUAUUUAAUAAUAUCCACCAAGAUUUUGCAGUCUUGGUUUUCCAGCGACGGGAGAGCUAUAUAUUUGAGGUGGGAAGCAAUAGCUGGUGCUGUCACUGGCUUUUCAACUUCUAUCAUUACUAUCAGCUUCGUUAGGAUCCUACAACUUAUGAAGUCUCGGUUGCCUCAAGCUGUUAACACCGUCCAUAUCAAGCGUGUUUGUUUUCUACUAGUGUACUUUUCUGUUUUGGGUUGGUUGGCAUUCCAAUACUGGAGGAGGCUCAAUAUCCCGGUGAUUAGAGUUUAUAACUACUAAGAAGUACUCUUUUUGUAUGUGCUAUUUGAUAUUUUCCUCUGGGAAUUGGUAUGCGUUGAGUCAGUGUAAGCUUGAGUGGUUACCUGAUGUAUUCGAUUAACAGGUAGAUACGGCUGGUCAAAGAUUACAAGGAGCAGAGAGAGAAAGGGUCAUGUACACUUGAUUUACUGUAUAAACAGUUGUAUUAUGAUGUAUAACAUGCGUCACUGUACCUGAGAGAUUCCGGAGUUCCCAGUGCAUGUUUGUUUUCUGCAUUCUUGUUGGAAUACAUUUUGCGAUAUCUUGCCUUGUCCCAGCGUACUUGAACCCCGGCUAAUUCAUAUAAUCAAAUUUAUACUAUACGACAG